CAAACCCCCAAUUCGGAGCAUUUUGGUGCUGCAGCAGCUUUGGAAGAUUCGAUCACCGGAGAGAACACAGCUAACCUGUAUCCAUGGCGGAGCCUACCCCUACCGGCGGCGACGUUUCUCCCAAUAUGACUAUCUACAUUAAUAACCUCAACGAGAAAAUCAAGCUCGACGAAUUGAAGAAAUCGCUGAACGCGGUGUUCUCGCAAUUCGGGAAAAUACUGGAGGUUUUGGCAUUCAAAACCCUGAAGCACAAAGGGCAGGCCUGGGUUGUUUUUGAGGAGGUUUCUUCCGCCACCAAUGCCCUUCGUCAAAUGCAAGGCUUCCCAUUUUACGACAAGCCCAUGCGUAUACAAUAUGCCAAAACAAAAUCGGAUGUCGUGGCGAAGUCGGAUGGAACUUUUGUGCCUCGAGAAAAAAGAAGGAAGCAUGAUGACAAAGGAAGGAAGAAAAAAGAGCAACACGAUGCUAAUCAAGCAGCAGCGAAUCUAAAUCCUGCAUAUGCUGGUGGCUAUGGUGCAACCCAUCCUUUAUCUCAAAUGCCAAUGAUGGGUGCUAGAGCGGUGCCAGAUGCACCAGCCCCGCCAAAUAACAUAUUGUUCAUUCAGAAUCUUCCUCACCAAACAACUUCGAUGAUGCUGCAAAUGCUUUUCAGCCAGUGUCCUGGAUUUAAGGAAGUUAGAAUGGUGGAAGCGAAGCCUGGGAUUGCUUUUGUUGAAUACGAAAACGAGAUGCAGUCUACUGUUGCAAUGCAGGGCCUUCAGGGUUUUAAGAUAACCGAUGACAAUCCUAUGUUGAUUACCUAUGCAAAGAAGUAGAUUAUGUUUUCUUUACCCGUUUCUCUCUCUCUCUACAGAAAUGUUGGUGAAACCCUCCAUUGACAGGGAUCCGUUGUACCGGUGUAAUAUUAGUGUAGUUACUUGGUAUUAACUAAUUUCACAUUGCUUUCUCAUUUGAUUUUUUUAGUUAUGAACUACAAAUACCAAGAUGUAUAAUGCUUUUUAUUUCUUCUGGUUCGUUUUACACCUCCUGCUA